AUGUCUCGCCCGCUACCUACGUCACUGCAAAACUCACCUUUCCCGAAUAAGUCUACAUCAGGGGAAGUUCGAUCUUCUGGCGCACCGGCAGAAGACGACCUACCACCAAUGCAAACAGGACAGGAUCUUGGUACUGGCAGCAAAAAGCAUAAGCGCAAGAAAAAUCGCAAUCGGAAGCGUCGAAAUCGCAGGCCGUCCUUCCUCGCUCCAGAAGACUCGCAGCCCAAUGCCCCACCAACAAUCCCCGAAUCUGAGGCCCUGAGCGCAAUGGCUGAGAAUCAAGCUAAAGCUCGAGGGUCCACGCCGUUCUAUUCCGGAGGAAAUAUGAGCAAUACAAGCUUGGAAAGCGAGGCAUUGCUGGAUCAUCGAAAUCAGCCGAUGAUGAGGCCUCGAAGAGAAAGUCGAUUGGCACAGUCUUUCCGACCUGGUUCUAUGUCUACCUCUUUCCGAGACUCCGAUUCCCGUCCAUUCCACUCUCGCGGGAAAAGCACGCUUGAAAAUGACAGUGAUCAAGAAGAUGUGAACGAUCGAACACCGCUGAUGAGGCCACCGUCUGGCCGUAUUCCCAAGUCACCAGGAUAUGGAACAGAUUCGGUAGCCAGCCCGUUUACCUUUCACCAGCGACGCCGAUCGACUCGGUCCGAUGCAUCUCGAUGCUCGCCGCGUGAGACCUUAAGCCAUGACAUCAAUAACCCUCCCUCAAUGCCCUCGACGCCCAAGCUAGGCCCGGAUAUGGGUUACAACGAUGCCGUAAUGACCGGUGCGGAGUUUGAUUUUGGUCUUGGCAGGUCCUCGGAUGAUCGAUAUGACUCGUCCCGACCACACGAUAUGGUGAUUGAUGUAGAGGGCACCGGGCGACGAUCAAGGAGCACGCCUGGAUCCGCCGCGGUAUCGCCGCAUCGUACACCGCAGGAGACACUAAUCCGACGCCGGACCGUACCGGCGGAAGAAGAUGUCUGCUUCCCGCAGGAGGACGCCUCGGAAGUAGCAGAGGAAUGUGCGCCCGCUUUGUCUCGCGGAAAUGGACGACGGAGACGACGGACGAAGGAAUGGCCGGAUUUGUCUAUCCUGGAGGAUUGGAGCCGUGAGGAAAAGGAAGAACGGAUAGGCGUUUUCCGUGCAAAGAAGAUUAGCGAACCCAUGCUGGUCGAGGGCCGUCUUCGUCCACAAUACCGAGCCUGGCGACGCGAGGAGGACGAAGUUCCUUACCGUUUCACAUACUUCAACGAAGAGUUUCAGAGCACCAUUCAUGCGCAAACGAUACCGGAAUUGGUUCAGCCAGGAGGUAGCUUCCGUGAACUCUUCAUCCCCGAUCCUCCUGAGCUCGAGGAUUCUUCCGACAGUGAGGCCUCAGAAUCAGAGGAACAUCGAAAUAGCGGCCACCCAACGCCGAGUACGCGUACUGCGAACCAGAGCCCGGCUGCUAGGGCAGCGACACCCUCCAACAAUCACAAUCACGACACGCAUCAGCAGCCGGAGGGGAGAUCGCAGCUUCGCGCUUCGAUUAUCAGUGAAGCUGUGUCUGAAGGACGUGUGUCGGGCGAUUUGCCAGACCAAACGCAGACAGCCCCCAAACCAAAGCGGUACGGACCUCGACCCACGUUCUGGCUUGAUGUCCUCUGUCCAACUGAUGCCGAGAUGCGUGUGAUCUCUAAAGCUUUUGGGAUUCAUGCCUUGACGGCUGAGGAUAUCAUGAUGCAGGAAGCGCGGGAAAAGGUCGAGCUAUUUCGGAAUUACUACUUCCUGAACUAUCGCACGUUCGAGCAGGACCCAAACAGCGAAAACUAUCUGGAGCCAGUGAAUAUGUACGUUGUGGUCUUUCGCGAGGGCAUUCUGUCCUUCCAUUUCUCACAAACGCCACACCCGGCCAAUGUACGGCGUCGUAUCCGACAAUUGAUGGACUACUUGAUCCUGAGCUCCGACUGGAUUUCAUAUGCACUCAUUGAUGACAUCACCGACGUUUUCGGGCCCCUAAUUCAGUCAAUCGAGGACGAAGUCGAUGACAUUGAUGAGAUGAUUAUGCAUAUGCAUUCUGACCAGAGCCCUGCGAGUUCGAGUCCGAAGGAGGAGCAACGGGAUGUGGUACCAGGCCCCGGUGAAAUGCUGCGACGUGUUGGAGUCUGCCGCAAAAAGGUAAUGGGCCUAUAUCGACUCCUAAGUAAUAAGGCCGACGUUGUCAAGGGCUUUGCCAAAAGAUGCAAUGAGCACUGGGAGGUGGCGCCCAAAUCAGAAAUUGGCCUGUAUCUGGGCGACAUCCAAGACCACAUAAUGACUAUGACCAGCAGCUUGACCUACUACGAAACGCUCCUGUCACGCGCACAUAGCAAUUACUUAGCACAGAUUAACAUCCACAUGAAUGAACGGCAAGAGCAGACUGCGGAUGUAUUAGGGAAACUGACCGUUCUUGGAACCAUUGUCCUUCCUCUCAACAUCAUCUGCGGUAUGUGGGGGAUGAACGUGAAGGUCCCUGGCCAGGAUGUGGAUAGCUUGACUUGGUUCUACUCGAUCACCGGUGGUCUGAUUAUCUUUGCCUUUGCCUCUUUCCUAAUCGCGAAACGGGUGUACAAUAUCGUCUGAGUGGCUUGGCGAGUUACGUUACCGAUACCUCUGGUGGUUUCUUGGUCUACUGUCAGAUAGUUGCUUUUGAGGUAUAUAUGUAUU